CCGCUUUUUUUUUUUCCCCCCCCCAUCACCUCAGGGCUGCCGGCGAGGCGGAGGCCGCGGCGGCCCCCCCACUUUUUUUUUCUUUUUUCGUUCCCGUCUCUCGGCCCUUCCCUUCCCGCCGCCAUGCAGGAGCUGAUCGCCAACGUGGACCACAUCAAGUUCGACUUGGAGAUCGCGGUGGAGCAACAGCUGGGCGCCCAGCCGCUUCCCUUCCCGGGCAUGGACAAGUCCGGUGCUGCCGUCUGUGAUUUUUUUUUAAAGGCAGCGUGUGGGAAAGGGGGGAUGUGUCCAUUCCGGCACAUCAGUGGUGAAAAGACAGUGGUUUGUAAACACUGGUUACGAGGCCUGUGCAAAAAAGGGGACCAGUGUGAAUUCUUGCACGAGUAUGACAUGACCAAGAUGCCAGAAUGUUACUUCUAUUCAAAAUACGGGGAAUGCAGCAACAAGGAGUGUCCAUUCUUGCACAUCGACCCAGAAUCUAAAAUCAAAGACUGCCCUUGGUACGACCGAGGUUUCUGUAAACACGGUCCUCUCUGCAGACACAGACACACAAGGCGUGUUAUUUGUGUGAAUUACUUGGUAGGCUUCUGUCCAGAAGGCCCUGCGUGCAAAUUCAUGCAUCCUCGGUUUGAACUUCCUAUGGGAACGACAGAGCAGCCGCCACUGCCGCCCCCAACACAGCCACAACAAAAACCAAACAACAACACGCCAUUGCAGAGGUCCUCCUCUCUUAUCCAGCUGACAAGUCAGAAGUCUUCCCCCAAUCAACAGAGGACCCCACAGGUCAUUGGGGUCAUGCAGUCCCAGAACAACAGCAUAGGGAACAGAGGCCCACGCCCCCUGGAACAAGUCACCUGUUAUAAGUGUGGUGAAAAAGGACAUUACGCCAACAGAUGCACCAAAGGACAUUUGGCUUUCCUUAGUGGGCAAUGAACCAACGGACUUCACAGCAUUUUUAUAUAUAUAUCUUUACGAGCCGAAUUCUCUCGAGUAUCAUCUUGAAUGACUGAAACCCACCUUUUUUUUAUACCUGCACCAAAGGAUUGGCCAGUGAAAGGAUUACUUGAUCUGCAACUGCUCUUUUUGUUUUGGCAUUUGUUUUUAAUUCUUAAGGCUACAACGUAGUGCCUCCUUGUUCACAGCCUGAAGAAGCAAACGUAAUUACACGAGCCUUCUAAAAGAAAAACAUUUGGGAUAGGGAUAUUUUUGGUUCAAAAGGGUGGAGCUUCUCCUUCGAAAAUGUUUAGCCUGUUCUUUCAACAGUCCUUGGCAGAAGAUGAUAAAUACGUGAGUGACUGCCCA